AUGCCGAAAAAGAAGAUUAUGCCGGAACUCUCAAAAGAGGAAAAGAUGGUCAUGGUAAUAUCGGAGAUAAUUCAUGAAUUGCAAGCAGCUCAUCGCCAGGGUAAAGAUGUUAACCUCAAUAAAAUGAAAACGAGGAUUUCAUCAAAGUAUGGUCUGGACACAUCACCUCGGCUAGUCGAUAUCAUUGCAGCUGUGCCAUCAGAUGCCAAGAGUUAUUUGUUACCAAAGUUGAAAGCGAAGCCCAUUCGUACGGCAUCUGGUAUUGCAGUAGUAGCAGUAAUGUGUAAGCCUCAUCGUUGCCCACAUAUUAACUUUACUGGUAAUAUUUGUGUUUAUUGCCCCGGAGGACCUGAUUCUGAUUUUGAGUAUUCGACUCAGAGUUACACAGGUUAUGAGCCCACAUCUAUGCGAGCAAUUCGAGCAAGAUAUAAUCCAUACUUACAAACUCGUCAUAGAGUUGAGCAGUUGAAACAACUGGGACAUAGUGUGGAUAAAGUCGAAUUUAUUGUUAUGGGUGGAACUUUUAUGAGCCUUCCUGAAGACUACAGAGAUUAUUUCAUUAGGAAUCUUCAUGAUGCUCUGUCUGGCCACACUUCACGCAGUGUUGCAGAGGCUGUGAAAUAUUCGGAAAAGGCAAAAACUAAAUGCAUUGGUAUCACUAUUGAGACUCGGCCUGAUUACUGCCUACAAAGACAUAUGAGUGACAUGCUUAAUUAUGGUUGUACUAGGCUAGAGAUAGGAGUUCAGUCUGUGUAUGAGGACAUAGCCAGAGACACAAAUAGAGGCCACACCGUCAAAGCUGUUUGUGAGAACUUCUGUUUGGCUAAGGAUGCUGGGUUUAAGAUUGUAGCCCACAUGAUGCCAGACCUACCGAAUAUGGAUUUAGAACGUGAUGAAGCACAAUUUAAAGAGUUCUUUGAGAACCCAGCCUUCCGUGCUGAUGGUCUUAAGAUUUACCCCACUUUGGUCAUUAGAGGCACCGGCUUGUAUGAGUUGUGGAAAACUGGGCGGUACAAGAGUUAUCCUCCAUCUACAUUGGUGGAUUUGAUAGCUAAUAUAUUAGCUAUGGUUCCGCCCUGGACUAGGGUUUACAGGGUACAAAGAGACAUUCCAAUGCCUCUGGUGUCAUCGGGAGUGGAGCAUGGUAAUCUCCGAGAGCUUGCAUUACAGCGAAUGUCAGAUUUGGGUACAGAUUGUAGGGAUGUUAGGACCAGGGAGGUGGGGAUACAGGAGAUACAUAAUAAAGUCAGGCCAUAUCAGGUGGAACUGGUACGUCGUGAUUAUGUUGCAAAUGGUGGAUGGGAGACCUUUCUCGCAUAUGAGGAUUCCGAUCAAGAUAUCCUAGUUGGUCUCCUUCGACUGAGGAAAUGUGCGAAAGACACAUAUAGACCUGAGCUCAAACCAGGGCCGAAUGCCAAUUUCACACAGUGCAGUAUUGUUAGGGAACUGCAUGUCUACGGAUCUGUUGUACCGGUAAAUGCUCGCGACCCAACAAAGUUUCAGCAUCAAGGGUUUGGUAUGCUCCUCAUGGAGGAGGCGGAAAGGAUUGCUUUAGAGGAACACGGAUCAGACAAAAUGGCCGUAAUAUCAGGAGUAGGCACCAGGAACUAUUAUGCGAAGAUCGGUUACCAUCUAGAAGGACCAUAUAUGGUCAAGAUGUUGGCAUAA